CUUGGGCAUCCAACUUUGAACGCUUAGAAAGCAGGAUUUACAGAUUUAGAGUCUGGCAAAUGAAAGAUGAGAAUAAGUUUUUUGUGGAGCUUUUUAUAUGACAACACCAGCUGAAUUGUCAAACGUCAUUGUUCCGCCAUUGAUUCGUUUUGAUUAAAGUCCUUUUCAUAAAAGAAGUCCCGCGGUGGAUUGUGGAACUAAACAAUACUUUCAAAUUUGACAGAUCGGCCAUGUUGUCUUUUGUCGAUGUCAAUGGUCAGUCAAUGUUAUCAAGUUCGUUUGUUGUGGUAGAUGUUUGUGUUUUUUUAAUAAGAUUAGUGCGUUAUUGGAUCUUUCGUGAUGCCUAAAGUUGUAAAAAGUUCAGCUCGAGAAAUUAUAUUGAAGGUGAAGGAGUUUUGUGAUGCGGAACAAAAGAAUAAAGGUAUUUUAAUACCACUAAACAAUGUUCGCAAGAGAGUCGCCGCAAUGACAGGCGUGUCCGAAAAAACUGUGACCAGGAUAACAAAAGAAGGCAUAACAGCAGCGAGUACUUCAAAAAAAAUUGUCACACCAGGGAAAAGUCGUCCGCAUCCCAAAAAGUUCGACUUGGAUGGGUUUGAUCUGUGCGCCAUACGGGAAAAAAUUCACAGUUUUUAUAUUGUGAGGAAGGAGUUACCGACAUUGGUUAAGCUACGUGCCGCAUUGAGAAAAGAUAUAAAUUUUCAGGGAAGCAUCACAACAUUGCAUAGAAUAUUAAAUAAUAUUGGUUUCAAGUAUAAGCGAUGCCAAUCCAAACGUAAAAUUCUUAUGGAACGCCAUGACAUAAUCGCAUGGCGUGCAAGAUAUUUGGAAAAAAUCCGAAGAAAUCGCACUGUGGAAAAAAGGCCAAUCGUAUAUUUAGAUGAGACCUAUAUACAUAAUACAUAUCAUGCAAAAAGUUGUUGGCAAAGUGAGAAGGAGCCGGGACUGAUGGUCUCAGAAUCUGUAGGGAGUCGCUGGAUAAUUGCUCAUGCAGGGACAGAGAAUGGUUUCAUAAAUGGUGCAUUGUUGAUGUUCAAAUCCCAGUCCAAGUCUUCAGAUUAUCACGAUAACAUGAACUCUACAAAUUUCCUUAAAUGGCUGAAGGAAAAACUGAUUCCUAACCUACGUGAAAGGUCUCUUGUGGUAAUGGACAACGCUCCUUAUCACUGUACACAAAUAAACAAAGCGCCUACAAUGUCGAGCAUCAAAAGUAAGUUGCAAGAGUGGCUGCGAGAAAAGGGUAUCUAUUUUGAAAACACAUGGACAAAAGCUGUUUUGUUUGAUCUCGUCAAACAAAAUAAAGGUCCACCAACAUAUGCUGUGGAUGAAUUAUUAAAAGCUCACAACCAUGAGGUUUUGAAAUUGCCGCCUUAUCACUGCGAACUCAACCCGAUUGAAAAAAUCUGGAGCCUUGUGAAAAGAAAGGUAGCGGAUAAAAACGUGUCCCAAGACCCAAAAAACAUAACGAUUAUAACGGAAGAUGCCUUUAAGAGUAUCUCAGCAGAAGAUUGGGCUGCUCAAUGCAAACACGUAGAGCAUUUGGAAGAGGAAUAUUUGAAAAAUGACAGCCUUAUAGAUGAAGAAAUGGAUCGACUCAUCAUAUCCACAGCUAGUGAUAGUGAAACAGAAUCUGACUCUGUUUCCAUUCACUCUUCCGAUAGUGAUGAUGUAACUGAUCAUAAUUAUUCAAUAAAACUGUAA